AAGCAAACGUCUCUGUAUCGACCAAUCAGCUUCAAGGCAGCCAGAGUCUUGUAAAGAUGGCGGCCGUGAGACACAGAGGAGUGAAAACUGGACGUUUUACCGCUAAGAAACACCGCUGGUUCAGACACCACAGACAUUGACACGACAGCGAGACUGAAGGUUAAUCGACCCUUUUGUCUGCCUCAGUGCGCAGUUUGCUGCUGUAUGGCGUCGGUGUGAGGCUGGCUGCUUUUAUCUUCGAGUUGGACUGACGAUAUUAGCUUCAAGUUGGAAAGCCAAUGCUAACCCAGGGCUAGCUGUGGAGCUCUACUGGCUGCUGGGAUCUUUCUACACGGCAUUCAUGGAUUGUAGCCUGGCCAGUGUUCAUGCUGGGCUUCAUGUGCUUAUAUAAAGUUUGUAUUUUGACCAUAACAGCGCCAAUGACUCCCUUGGUUUAAAAACAGACUUGUUGUGGAGGAAUAAGGGGCUCUCACGACCUGGCAUUGCGACACUGUUUGGAUUGUGGAGUUGGAGUGAGUUUGCCGUCAUGUAUUUUCUAACCGGCUGGCCCCGAAGGCUGCUUUGUCCGCUGAGGAGUGAAGAGGAGCCCUUCCACAUCCAGCCCAGCUCCCAGAGGUUUUACUUCGCUGUGCUUUCAGAGACACAGCUCAGCAUCUGGUUCAGUCGGCCCAGUGUGUUGAUAGUCAGCUACAUCGAGUCUGAAAAGGCAGCCACCCAGUUUGGCUUCUACCAGAAGGCAGAAUAACCAGACGACUCCAUGGUAGCUGUGGCGACUGCCAAUGGCUAUAUCCUUUUGUUUGAUGUGCUGGGUGGAGGAGAUGACAAGUACCUCUACGGGCCUGUGUAUCCAAAAGGAAGUCCUCGUGUGAAGGUAACCCCGGGUUAUAAAGAGGAGCAAUGUGCCCCCGCUUUAUCUUUAGAGAUGAAGAAGCCUGUGGAUCUAGAGGCCCCCAUCACCAGUCUGCAGUCCCUCCAGGAGGACUUACUGGUGUGCACCUCAGACGGCUACCUCCAUGUGCUGCACUGGGACGGACUGGGCAGCAACGGGCGCAAGGCCAUCUGCCUCACUACAAUCCCCUUCUCACUGGACCUGCAGUCUGCUCGAGGUGGCCCCUCUCUGGACCUGGAGGGAGUGUAUAUCCGCUGUAUGGAGUACUGUGUAACCCUGGACGGCUUUGCUGUGGUGCUGAGUGACGGGCGCCUGGGCUUUAUCACACCACUUACCAACACCAUCACAGCAGAUCAGCUGCAGGGUGUCUGGGCAGCAGAUGUUACAGACGGCACCUGUGUGGCCGUCAACAACAAGUACAGACUGAUGGCCUUUGGCUGUGCCAGUGGCUCAGUCCUGGUAAUGAUAGACACCACAACAGGAUCAAUGCAGCUCUCCACAAACUGGAGCUCACCCCGAACACUACCAGACAUCUACAACAAGACUGGCCCAGUCAAACUCAUCUGCUGGUCACCUGACUACAGCGUCGCCAUGGUUACAUGGGAAUGUGGGGGCCUAUCUCUGUGGAGCGUCUUCGGAGCUCACCUCAUCUGCACUCUGGGCGAGGACUUUGCAUAUCGUUCUGAUGGAACCAAGAAAGAACCUAUUAAAAUCAGCUCUAUGGUGAGGGGAUGUAGGUGCUACCACCUGUGGGUGCUCCCUCUAAACACGAGAGGAAAAUCCAGGAAGAGCAGGCGGGACGAGGAGAUGAUCCAACCUCCUCACUCCUCCCUUCAGGCUGGCACUCAGUUCCACUUCAUAAAGUCUGCCCUCACAGUGAACCCCUGCACGAGUAACCAGGAGCAGGUGUUGCUUCACGGUGAGGGCCUCUACCUGACCUGCGGCGACCCCACGCAGGUCAACGGCUCCUCUGACGCACACACGCAUGCUCACCUACACCCACGUGACGGCAGCCCGCUGCACCAUCCCCCCAACCCAGACUCCUCUCUCUCUCAGGGACUCAGCACUUUACUGGGACACAAGCAUUGGCAUGUGGUCCAGAUUCACAGCACAUACCUAGAGAGCAACUGGCCCAUACGGUUUGCAGCCAUAGACACAGCAGGCCAGUGCAUGGCUGUAGCAGGGAGACGGGGCUUUGCACACUACUCCUUAUUCACAAGGAAAUGGAAGCUGUUUGGAAAUAUCACUCAGGAGCAGAACAUGACAGUCACAGGAGGUCUGGCAUGGUGGAACGACUUUGUGGUGGUGGCAUGUUACAAUUUUACAGACCAGCAAGAGCAGUUAAGGCUCUAUCAACGCUCAACCAACCUGGACAACGCCUUCGCAUCCGUCACUAAGCUGCACUCAGACACUCUGCUGCUCAACGUCUUCAGAGACAUGAUCAUCCUGUUCAGAGCCGACUGCUCCAUCUGCCUCUACAGCAUAGAGAGGAGGAGCGAUAGUCCACACCCCACAGCCAGUGUUGAGUUGUUGCAGGAGGUUUCGAUGUCCCGCUACAUCCCUCACCCUGCCCUCGUGGUCUCCGUCACUCUCACCUCUGUGCGGACCGAAACGGGCAUCACAUUGAAAGCACCGCAGCAGGCCUGCAUGGCAGAGAGCAUCAUGUUGAACCUGGCCGGCCAGUUGAUCAUGCUGCAGAGGGAUCGCUCAGGGCCACAGGUACGAGAGAAGGAGACGCCUGCCAACAACAAGAAGCUGCUACCAUUCUGUCCUCCGGUAGUCCUCGCUCAGUGUGUGGAGAACGUGUGGACCACCUGCCGCUCCAACAGGAAGAAGCGCCACCUCCUGGAGGCCCUGUGGUUGUCAUGCGGCGAGGCAGGCAUGAAAGUCUGGCUGCCGCUGUUCCCCCGAGACCACCGCAAGCCCCACACCUUCCUCUCCAGACGCAUCAUGCUGCCCUUUCACAUCAACAUCUACCCUCUGGCUGUGCUGUUUGAAGAUGCCCUGGUGCUCGGGGCGACAAACGAGACCGUGCUCUAUGACGGGCUGCAGGGAUCCUCCGAGCCACUGGAGGCGCUGUUCCCUUUCUGCACCGUAGAGAGGACUUCACAGAUCUACCUCCAUCACAUCCUGAGGCAGCUGCUGGUCAGAAACCUGGGUGAACAGGCUCUGAUGCUGGCUCAGUCAUGUGCCUCCCUCCCUUACUUCCCUCAUGUUAUGGAGCUCAUGGUUCACGUCGUGCUGGAAGAGGAGGCGACAUCGCGGGAGCCCAUACCCGACCCUUUGCUGCCCACUGUGGCCAAGUUCAUCACAGAGUUCCCCCUCUUCCUCCAGACCAUCGUCCACUGUGCCAGGAAGACAGAGUACGCUCUGUGGAACUACCUGUUCGCUGCCGUGGGAAACCCCAAAGAUCUGUUUGAGGAGUGUCUCAUGGCUCAGGACCUGGACACAGCAGCCUCCUAUCUCAUUAUUCUGCAGAACAUGGAGGUUCCAGCAGUGAGCAGACAACACGCCACUUUACUCUUCAACACGGCACUCGAGCAGGGCAAGUGGGACCUCUGCAGGCACAUGAUCCGAUUCCUAAAAGCCAUUGGCUCCGGGGAGAUGGAGACUCCGCCCCCAACACCAACCACUCAGGAACCCAGCUCAACGGGAGGUUUCGAGUUCUUCAGAAAUCGCAGCAUCAGUUUGUCACAGUCCGCAGACUCCAUCACUACGGGCAAAUUCAACCUGCAGAAGACCUUCAGCAUGCCGUCUGGACCCUCAGUUAAAGGUCGUGAAGUGGAGUGUGCAGAGAACAUGUACAUCGACAUGAUGCUCUGGCGUCACGCCCGCCACCUCCUGGAGCAGGUCCGCCUUCGGGACCUGGGAUGCUUCUCGGCACAGCUCGGCUUUGAACUCAUCGGCUGGUUGUGUCGAGAGAGAAACCGUGUGGCCCGAGUGGAUGAUUUUGUUUCGGCGUUGAAAAUACUGCAUAAAGAUUUCCUCUGGCCCUUUCCUGUUAUCCCCGCGGGAAGCCUGAGCUCACCUCUGAAGAACGGACGCUGUCGCUCAGUUCUGAGCACACGGCUGUUGAAGUCGCAGUCCGCUGACAGCCUGUUGAACAACGACAUGGACACAGCGCCCCCUCAGGGAGCUCAGACCAACCACACCUGGCUGGACGGGCUCAGUCAGAGACCCAAAGACACGGACUCAGCCUCGUCUGCUCACUCCAAUCAACACUCACCACAAACACACGAUGCUAUCCUGUCCCUUCUCACCAACAAAGUGGAGGAGUACAGUGUGGGCUCAGCCACAGACCUGACAGAGACCAGCUCUGUAGUGGAUGGUGAUUGGACGAUGGUGGAUGAGAACUCAUCCACUCUGAGCCUGAGUCAGGCCGAGCUGGAGCACAUCUCCAUGGAGCUGGCUAACAAAGGCCCGCACAAGUCGCAGGUGCAGCUCAGGUAUCUCCUUCAUGUGUUCAUGGAGGCAGGGUGUUUAGAGUGGUGCAUUGUGAUUGGUUUAAUCCUGCGGGAUGCCAAUGUCAUCAAGCAGGUGAUAGGCUUCCUGGACAGUCCCGAGGUUCCUCAAGAAACUGUGCAGAGUGUCCGAAACGGCUUAUUGGCUGUGGACACAUGGGCCUCCACUGACUGCCUUGGCUACAAACCAUUCCUGAACCUGAUCCAGCCACACCUCCAGCAGCUGCUGGACUCCACUGCAGGCGAGCCGGUGCAGCCCGAGGCCUUUCAGCCCAGCAGCCAGAGCUCCAAGCUCGGCGGCUCUGAGGGGCCAGGAGGCGCUGCUGCACCGCGGGCAGAGGACAGCAGAGGAGCAGCUGCUCCGCUGGGCCUUGCUCUGCCCUCGCUCGAACCUGCGGGAGGAUUCCCCCGCCCCCCCUCUGAGGACUGUCCUCCUGAGCAGACAGAGGAGCAGGGAGACGAGGAGGGAGCAUAUGACUGCACCCUGUCCUGAAGCCAGGAGCCCCCUUCGGACUCUUAACCUGUGAACUCUGGAGCCUGGAGGGGGAGAGAGGAGAUACACUUUAUAUUUGUGUGUGUGUGUGUGUGUGUGUGUGUGUGUGUGUGUGUGUGUGUGUGUGUGUGUGUGUGUGUGUGUGUGUGUGUGUGUGUGUGUGUGUGUGUGUGUGUGUGUGUGCGCGCGCGCGCACAGAAAGUACCUCUCCUGCAGGUUCUAACAUCAGUCAGUAUUAUCCACUCUUCAGAUUUUGCCCUCUUGAGUCGACUUAAACUCCUGUGGAUACUGAGCUACAAACAGAGUGACACAUCCUGACUGACAAAAAGAAAUGUCCCCGCACAACGAGAGACGCUCUGCGGCCUGACGGAUCAGGCCUCAUUUUACCAAAAUGUGCUGUAAGACAAACCCAUGUGUCAGUUUGUGCAUUUAUAUUUUAGGUCGUGGUGUUGAGGAGCUGUAGAGCAGCACACAGAAGCACCAGGAUCAUUCUUUUUUUCCUGUUAUUCCAACAAAGUAAUUGUGUGUAUAACAUUUCUUUCGCAUUCAAUUCAAGUGAAACUGGAGAUUUUUUUUGGUCACUUCUUGGACAAAGCUCCGUUGUUUCCUUCAGUAAAAUGCAAAAAAAAAAGUGCAAGAAUCAGUCCAGAGAUCAAACACCUGCGUGUGUUCGAUCACAGCGUCAUGCUACGUCUCCAGAACAAAGCUCUCCAGUCAUGAACCAUUGCAUGAGAUGCAUCUGAGUGUGUCCGAGUGUGUUGUGUGGAGAGGUGAUUCAUACUUUCAUACCUCAUAUGAUUUUAAGAUAUUUUGUGAUACCUUUUUCAAUAAUGUAAGAGUGUACAAGAUGACAUUAUUUUUCUAUGAAUACCACCUUUGUCCCUGUAAAAACAGAAGAAGAAAAACACUCAUGGUAUGAAUUCUGUGUAAUUCUUGAGAAGUGAUGACCUUUAGAUUUCUAAGAAAAUGAUCUCUGAGAAGAAUCCAUCGAUGUGAGUGCGGACUAGUUUCUUACCACUGAUCAGUUACCUCUCUGUUGGUGUCUUUUCACAAACAACGCCCUCGACUUUGUUGGAGUUCAGGCCUGAUUUUAGACAUAAAGGAAAUUAGUGUUUGGCCUCCCUGAGAUGAGAGAGAGUGCAGGGAAGAGCUCGGGCAAAACAGACGCUUUAUAAACCAAAUCAUGUGAUGCUUUAUCCAGCUUUGAAACACACAUUUGGAGUGUCCACGUGGAGAUUAAAAAUGUGUUUCCUAUCAUCAGCGAGGCAGAUUGUGUGAUUUUAAGCCAUCCUGCUCUGCAGAUUUCUCUUUAAUCGUAGGAACAUCAUUUGAGCCCUUUGUUCAAAAUCCUAUUUUUCUUUGUGGUGAUGAUGUUGGUACCUAGAUGAAGAAACCCUCCAUUAGUAGUGUAUAGAAACAUAUAUAUAAAUGUGGGUGAACAACGCUGAAUGAUGACAUGAUGCGUCACGUUGUUUGUUAUUGCCGGCGUUCAUCUUACUAAAACCAGCUGAUUUGGGGGAGGGGCUAAUUUGUUCUGGUAUUAUAUCGGUACUUUGACAGGCUAUCUCCAGGAUAGUGAUUUUAGGCUGUGUCAGAUACGGAAGCCGAUACAGACACCACCGCUGAUACAGAUAUUAGUAUCAGAACAACAGUACUCGUCAACACUCUGACGCCUGCAUGUCAAUAUCCUUUUAGACCUUGUUUUUGCCUUGGUUGGUAAUGAGCGUUAUUAUUGUGUAAUAUUACUCAUAACAUGAUAAGGACUUCUCUUUUCGUCCACAUCAACAUACAUAUCAUUUCCCUGAACCGCUUGAGACAGUGGUCGCCGAUUUCGCCAUGUGUUUGUGUGCUUCUAUGUGGAUUUGUGAGUGUGUGUACCACGUUGUAUUGACAUGCAUUUGUUUUAAUGGUAUUAGUCCUCAUAUCUACCAUUAUUUAUUGGCAUUAUAGCUGAGUGGUAAUCGAUGAAUUGAUGCUUGGUUUGUUUUUAUGACUGAUAUCAAACCUCCUCCCCUUUAGUUAAUCAAAGUCGUGUAUUGGCUCUCUACCACAAGCACUAAACGGUUAAUCAGACAGUAUUAUGAUGUGCAAUGUAUCGAAAUGUUACUCAGCUUUAUUUUUGAUGUUCCUUACACCUCUUUGUUUCCCCACAGCUUUGUACUUUUCAUGAUAGACCAAAUCAUAUUUAAUAGGUUCAUUUUUGCUCUCUUGUCUGUGUGUACAAGAUAAAUUGGGUGUGUGGUGUGUUAAAUUAGAUUCUUCAUUGGUUUCUGUUUUUUUAUGAAUAGCUAGGACACUUCAUUCAUGAAAAGGGCAAGAUGAAUACGCGACAUGUUGCUGUUGUGGCUGAUGUACUGUUGUCACUCAACAUAAACCCCACCACCCCUCAGAUCUCCCACUAAAACAAGCCCACAGCUCCACUAUGCUGCACUGUGGGCUCUACUUGAAAACGGUAACACGAUGAACCAAAGACUUUACAUCCAGAGGCCUUCAGUUUAAACCGGAUGCUUUGAUUGAGUGUGUGACUCAUUAUGCAGAGGGGAAAGAAAAUAUAAACCAUCCCUGUCAUUCAAAACAUAACCAUUGAUGCUUCAAACUAAUGCUGACAGCAUACCAGACAAUUUCCUACGGAAAUGUGUAUUACAGAUCUUUUCUGGAGUCCUUCUCAGCGGGCGAGGAGCGGAGCGGGCGGUCAGGUGUGUCUCAUGGUACUCGGGUGUCACAUUCACCCAGAGGUGAACGGCGCUCCCUCUCCGCCUCCUGUGUACAGUGUAAAAGUAUUUCCUGUUUCCUGACUCAGAGUAAAGUUUUAUUUCUGGGACGUAAACAGUAAAACAUCCUCAAUGCAGUGUAAAGAUUCUCUCUUGUACAUUUGCCUUUUCUACUCAUGUUUGGUUUUCUACUUCAUUUUUUCUCCCUUGUACAUACAGAACAAUAAAUUAUUUUUAAAAAUGGUUGACCUCA